AUGCGACCCGAUUCCAUCAUUUUUGAAAAACAGGACGAAUCCAGUGGUGGUUGGUCUCCGUGGAGAUACUAUGCUGAAAACUGCUCCGAGUCUUUUCCCUCUGUUUUGUAUCAAAGUGGCUCAGAGGCGUUCGAUUCAACGACUGUUUAUUGUGAGGAGAAGUUCUUCAGUACGGACCCCGACUCCAGAGAUGCUGGAUUCAGACAACAGGUUAUAUUCAACCCGAACCUUGAGUAUCCAGACUCCUUCACAAAUGACCUGACAACCCAACGCUACUUCCUAACCUCAGCCGUAAGGUUUAGACUCCUCAAUCCAGCCGAUAAAGACCCAAUAAGUUCGUACUACACCAUUGCUGACUUGAAGAUAUCUGGCCAGUGUGGAUGCUUUGGACAUGCUACAAGGUGUAAAGGACCAAAUUCUGCUGUGUGCGUCUGCCAACAUAACACGACGGGCGAUAACUGUGACCAGUGUCUCCCUCUUUAUAAUAACAAGCCGUGGAAAUUGGGCAGGGACGGAGAAAACAAUGAGUGUGAAGUCAUCCAACUAUUGACGCUGUGUCAAGUUGGCCGAACGGAAACCGUCACCUAA